CCAGACCCACGUGGCUUUGCUGCAGCCAUGGGCAGUGGUGAUUUGCUUCCUGACCUGAGGGAUGGGAAAGCCCUGGCAUUGACAGUGGGCUGGAGCAGGGCCUGUUCCUCCAUCCUGGGAUGCAGCGCUGCCUGCUGGAGAUGGAGCUGUGUCAUUUUUGGAUGCUCAGUAACACAGGGAAUGUGUCAUUUUUCUACUUGUCUGGCAUGUUUAAAUUCCAUCAAAGAACAAAAAGCAAUCCUAAAGGGUUCCUAAAGCCACAUGUGGAGGUGUCCUGCUCAGGAAUGGUUGCAGUGCUGAAGGGAUGGUGAGAGGAGACAAGCCUGGCCCUAAUGCCAAUGAGUGGAUGGACAGCAGGAGCUCAUGGACCAAAUCAGCUGGAAGCAGCUGGCUCAGUGUAGCUGAAGGCUGUGAGGUCUCACAUUGCUCCAGUGCUGGAGCUGCAGCUGGAUCAGGCUGUGGAAAAAGCACAGACAUUGAGAAACAGGAGGAGCAGCAAGGGCAGGGUAGUGUGAAGCCUAGGCAGGGAUAUCCUGCUUUUUCUCCUUCAUCUUCAGGACUGUGAGUGUGAGGAGCAAGAAGGAAUGACUUCUCCAGGCUUAUUUUGGCUUUAGUUUUGAUUUUGGGUGGAUUUGCAGGAGGACACCAAGACUGCUGAGGAGCUUGGGUUCUCCUGGCUCCAAGGGGGAAAAGGAUCUUUGCAUGGGGUAAUCCUGGAGGCCCAUCCCAGUGUUUGAGGGACAGCAUGUCCUUCAGUGUGCUGUCUCCAAGGAGGAAGGGGUUGGAGAUCCAUGUGGCAGCACAGCCACAAGGAUUAUUGAUGUGUUGGAAACCAUGAAAGCCCCUGAAAAUGGUCACAGAGGAAUUGGGACUUCUCCCAAAACCCAAGUGAAGUGCACCUGCACCAGCACCCACAGCAUGGUCACCAACAGGAGAAGGAUCUGGAAGCCACUGUGCUUCAGGAGAGCUGUGACACGGUGGUUGCCAGCAGAGAGUCAUUUGUGAUGACUCAAACAAAUGAAUUGCUGCAAUGGAUGGGGGUAACUUUCCAUGAUUUCCCAGCAGGCCUGGCUAACUGGGAGGUCCCAGUGACUGGAAGUGAGCAGAUGUGACACACACAGCUACAAGAAGGGCAGGAAGGAGGAUUUUGGGAACUAGAGGGCUGUCAGUCAGGUGACAGGAGCAGAUCACCCUGAGUGCCUUCACGCAGCACCAGCAGGGCAAUCAUGGGAUCUGGAGCAGCCAGUGUGAGUUUGUGACAUGCAGGUCCUGCCUGACCAGCCUGAUCUCCUCGUGUGACAAGGUGACCUGUUUUGGCAGGUGAAGGAGGGGCCCUGGGUGUGUCUCUGGACUUUGGCAAGGCCUUUGACACCACAUUCUCGUGGCAGGGGCUGAAGUCACCGUCCCUGGAGGGAUUUAAAAGCCGUGAGGAUGUGGCACUUGGGGACGUGGGUUAGUGAAGACCUUGGCAGUGCUGGGUUAGCCUUAGAGGGCUUUUCCAACCUCAACGAUUCCAUGAUUCUGUGAUUUUAUUAUCCCCUCAGAGGAUUAAUCCCACCACUAAUACAGCUUUUCACUCGCAAAGCGCUUUAGAGGAAGUUGUGCCAGGAGAGUGCUUGGAGAGAGAAACUGAAAGUGCUGAGCAGGAGGGAGCUGCCCUCCCGAUUCCUGCCUCUCCCAGCCUGUGCAGUGGGACUGAAUUUCCCAGCUUCUUGGUGUAUGGGAGUAUUUUGGGGAAAACACCAGAGCUCCGUGGCCGUGCAGCUUCCCAGGCAUUAAACCAGGGCAUUUCAGCUCUCCCGUUGGUCCUUGAACUCCAGGAGGAGCAGCCCGGCAGGUAAGAAAGUGCGUGCAGCCAAAUUAGAGCUGAGCUGAAGGGAUCAGAGUCUCCCACCCGACAGCUUCAACUACAACAAAUCCACCCGAGUGGAUCGAGGGGAUCGUGCCUCCCGCUGACCGGGGCUCUCGGAUUGUAGGGAUCGAGUUCAGCUUCUCUCCUUGCAGAGCUUUGUCCGAGCAGGCAAAUAUUCCCUCGGUGCUUUAGCGACUCCCAUUUUCCUAUUGUUCCCUGUAAAAACCCGUCGCCAGGCUGGGCUGGGCUUCCCCCGAGGCAAUUUCCUGGCUCUGCUCAAACCAAGCUGCGGGGUUGGGGUUUUUCUUUCACUUUUUAGUUGAGAGCUGUUGGAUUAGACCCCUUAGACCCGGUGUUAUCUCCCUUGUGAGAUAAAAGAUAAGGCUUGUGGUGGUGGUGGUGGCCAUCUGAAGUGGGAUGGGAUUGUGUGAUGUUGAGGGGUGGUUAAAUUGGGAUGAGCUGGCUGGAGCCUGUCUGGUGGUGCUGUUGUGGGUUGGGUGUCUGUCACCUGAGCCCUGCACCCCAGUCUUGCUUGGCAUUCACACCAACAGACUCUCCCCAUGUUUCUGAGCGUUGUUUGGGAGUAAAAGCAGGAAAAAAUGGAUCAUUUUCUCAACUGGGGCUUUGCUUGAGGGAUGCUGAGCUGUCAUGUGCUUCUGACUGUUCUUGGAGCUUCCUCCUUGUAGCCUCCUGUUCCUGAAGCAUCUUCCCCGUGCAGCUGCCAGUGAUGCAGCAGGAGGAGCAGGUCAGGGGGGUGAUGGGAAAGGCCUGGGAUGAGGGAUGGAGCUGCAGACAAGUCUGACAUCAGGUGGUUUAUUCCAGCCUUUGAUGCUAAAGCUGGGAGUGGGAGUCUUGCAGGGAGUUGGGACUGCAGUGGGGAUGGUGGGUAUUUGUGCCUAAAAACUAAAAAUUAUAUGGUCCUGUAGAAAAAUGGGCUGGAGAAAAGGGAUUCUGCUGCCAUCCUUUCAGGCACCUCCAAAAGGAGGGGUUUUAAAACAAGCUUAAUUGUGGUCUUGUUUAUACUUAGGUUGGAACUUGAGUCCUUUUAGGUUUCUUUUUUGGAUGGAAUUUAAAAGAGGGAAGAAGUAAACACUGACAAAAGUUUCGUUUCUUUCUUAGAAAACUUCUGUUUUCUAACAAAAGUUGUUUUUCCUCUCUAAAGGAUCCCCUGAGUCCUUUCUGUUUCCUUUAGGUUUAUCUCAGCUAUCGAUGUUCUGAGCUGGCACAUCCAACUUAGUAGCAAACUGCUUGAUAUCAAACCCCAGAUUGCACAUUGCCUGCUUCAUCUUCUAAGUUAAAUAAUUUAUUCUUCAAUAUUAUGAAUCACUCAUUGUGAGGGUAGCAGCAGAUCCCAGUCUGUUUCCAUGAGGGUGCCAUGUUAUAUUUUCUUUAUUAAAUCCUGAUCCUUACCACUGAGCUGUGUGGAUGAAGGCUGCUGUGUGGCUGGGGCACAACUUGUUUUGUUGCUCAGAUAUUUUUUUCUUAUUCUUAUUAUUAAAAUGAUGUUUUCCUAGGCCAAUGCAGAACAAAUCAGGUGAUUGGGAUGGAUUUAUUUUUUUUAGCUGAAGCAUCCAUUUCCAUAAGAGUUGGAGCCCAAAGAUGAGUUGUGAAGCCAUGGCAGGUUGUUUGCCCAGGAUGGGAUCCUGUCUUGGACAUUCUGUGGAUGGACUGAUCAGGCUUGCCUUGGAUACCCACAUCAUUCCAGACACUGGGAUGGAAAUCCCCCUUUUGCACCCCAAAACCAGCCCAGCUGCAGAUUUCUCUGGGAGCGCUCGCUGUGUGGCAGCCACCUCUGCGGGCUGCUCCCUGCUUUUGUUUACAUCUGGUAGAAAACUUCUUAAAUUUCCUGGCAAGGGAGUAAUUCUAAUCCCUUUCAAUGAGAUCAAGGGAUUAGUGUCUCAGAUGCUUAUAAAAUUGUGAGGAUUAGCCAAGCCUCCCCCCCCCAUUCUUUCUAUGCCACGUAACGUCACCGCCGUGUUUUCAAAGGGGAUCUCUGUGCUGUUACCAAGAGCUGAAGCAAUUUCUGGGAGCCUCUGCGCAUCCAGGCGUUUAAAAACCAUGUCUUCAUCCUCUCCCUUGCUCCCUCUGGAUUUUUGUGCAAUUUUUAGGGUGUUUUUCUCUUUUCUUCCAGCAUCCCUGGUACCAAAGCACGGUAGCUGUUCAAGCUGACACGUUGGGUUUGCGUGGCUUGGCUGCGUUGCGGCGCCCGUGCAGCCUACCCAUGAGCUCAGACUUCCAGCAUUACAGUUUCAGGAUGCCGAACAUCGGGUUCCAGAACCUUCCUCUCAACAUAUACAUCGUGGUUUUCGGCACAGCCAUCUUCGUCUUCAUCCUCAGCUUGCUCUUCUGCUGCUACUUGAUCAGGCUCAGGCAUCAGGCACACAAAGAGCUUUACGCCUACAAACAGGUCAUACUCAAGGAGAAGGUGAAGGAGCUGAACCUCCAUGAGAUCUGUGCCGUGUGCCUGGAGGAGUUCAAGCCCAAGGACGAGCUGGGGAUCUGUCCCUGCAAACAUGCCUUCCACAGGAA